AUGAAACCAGAGAACAUGGUAAUGAGUAUAGUCUUCAUCCUACAGACUACAAUAGGAAUCCUGGUUAAUUCCUCAAUUCUGCUUCAUUAUUUAAUCCUGGAAUUUUCUGGGAAAGGUUUGAAGCUCAAAGCCCUAAUUGUAAAGCACUUGACUCUGGCCAACUCCUUGUUUAUUAUCUCUAGAGGAAUUCCACAGAUAAUGGCAGAAUUUGGGAUGAAAUAUUUUCUGGAUGACAUUGGCUGUAAACUUGUACUUUACCUUUAUAGAGUAUCCCGGGGGGUUUCACUGUAUACAACAUGCCUUUUGAGUUGUUUCCAAGCAACCACAAUCAGCUUAAGCACCACAAAAUGGAUGAAGCUUAAGGACAAAGCCAUCAAGUACAUGGGCCCUUCCUGCUCACUCAGUUGGCCUAUGCAACUGCUUCUGAAUGUCAUGAUACUCAUGAAAGUGACAAGCUCUAGCAACAGAAGGAAUGCCACUAAGAAACUGAGCUAUGGGUACUGCUCAGCAUCUGUAUCUGGUACUAUUACAACUCCAUUGUAUAUUCUCUUGCUUAGCUUCACUGAUGUUCUGUGUUUGAGUCUCAUGUCCUGGGCCAGUGUCUUCAUGGUGAGCAUCCUCUACAGGCACAAGAGGCAGGUCCAGUACAUUCAUGCCCAACAUUCGCUGAGAGUCUCUCCUGAGGCCAGAGCCACACAAACCAUCCUGAUCCUUGUGUGCACUUUUGUCACCUUCUACUCUAUCUCUUCCAUCCUGGUUCUAUAUUCGGCCUUAUUUGGUAAUCCGGGACUGUGGGUGAUCAACAUCAUCUCAGUUUUAGAAACCUGUUUCCCUAUAUUUUGCUCCUUUGUGCUCAUUAGUAGUAACCUCUCUGCCUCUAGGCUCUAUCUUCCCUGUUGGUGGAAAAGUUAA